AUGAAUAAAUCAAAAACUAAAUCACCUCCUCCUGGAAUAUAGUAAUAAAGUUUAUCAGCCGAACCUAAAGAAACCAAGAAACUUAGAACAACUUUAGAUUAUUCAUUCAAAGAAAUUAAGAAACUUGAAGGUAUAUAUAUAUUGUAACUAUUAUCUAAGAAUUAAAAAAUAAAGAAGUUAAACCUAGAGAAGGAGAGUAAUGGAUAUUUAAAGAAUAGAAGAAGUAAGAAAACUAAGAAGUAAAAAAUGAUACUCCAAAAGAAUAAGUACUCAAAUAAUAAUAAUCUUUGCCUGAAGAAACAGAGCCUAUUUAACCAUAACAAUAAUAACCUUAAAAAUAAUAAGAUAAUAAAAAAGGUAAUGCUCCAUAACCACCUCCUGCUUAAUUAAUUCCAUAAACAAAUGUUGCUACAUAAUUAAUUACCUUAUAAAAUAUACCAUUAAAUGGAAAAAUAGUUGGUGGCAAAUUACAAGAAAAUAAAAAUCAAAGUCAAUAAUCUAAAUUCAAACCAGAAUUAUGUUGUUAAUCAUUAAUUUUAUGUCAAAAUAAAUUAACAAGUCUUAGUGGAUUUUAUUAGAUCAUGCAAACUGUUAUGCCUAAUGUUGAAUUACUUAGAUGGAUUGAUUUAUCAUAUAAUCAAUUAACAACUUUAGAUUAUAAUUUUAAGGAAUUACCUCAUUUACAAUCAUUAUAUUUGAACUUCAAUUAGAUAAAGGAUAUCAAUGAAUUAAAAUAAGUAUUAUAUAUUUCUUAUAAAUAAAGUUGUCACAUUUAUAAGAGCUUAAAUCUCUAAAAAUAUAUGGAAAUCCAAUUGAAUAGAUCAUCAAUUUUAGACUAUACAUAAUUGAUGUGCUUCCAUAAUUAAAAAGGAUAGAUUCUGUACUAAUAAGUAAAAAAGUAUUAAUUUAAUAUAUAUAUUUCUUAUAGGAAAGAGAUAAUUCAUCUAUGAUUGUAAAAGUGUUUGAUUUUAAACCUUAAAUGAAAGCUUAAGCAGAUAAAGAGAAAUUGUUAUUACAAUAAACCUAGAUUACAUAAUAAAAGUCGAAGUCUUAACCAAAAAAGAAAAAGUGA